ACAUGAGAGCCGUAGCAACAGUAUGAAUAUGAUGAAAGGGAAAAAAACCUAUUUUCAUCGAUUUCAUGUAGUCGGUUCAUUCAAGCACAUACGGUGAAACAUUGAUUUGAACCAACGAUUCGAGUCAGUCGGGCAUGGUCGUGUUUUCCAACUAGAAGCCAAAUUAUCGAGUGCAGCAAAAAAGACGACAGAUAAAAAAAAGAGAAUUUUAUUAUCGAAUCGUCGACAUACAUACAACAACCGAAAUAAAAAGAGUCUACACUAGCUGCUCUUUCGAAGAAGGAAACUAAUUUUGCUUGAAUCAUUCGACGACAAAUAGUGAGUGAGAAAAAAGGAAGAAAAAAAAACACACACAUUCGUUGAUUCAUCAUUUCGGUUUUUCUACGAAUUGAACAGCGACCAGGAAUUGCACACUCAGCGAUACACACUGAACCGGUAAUUACAGAGAGAUAGCAAGAAGAAAAAAAAUAAUAAAUUUCCUUAGCGCCACAAAGCGUAAUGAAUAAGUUUUGAAAAAAUUCAAUGGAAUUUCGGUUGGGGACAAAAGAAAAAAAGAGUCAUGUGCCGCGCGCAAAAUUUUUGAGUGUCACAAGUUCAAAGCGAAAAAAAAUCAAUUGUGGAUAAAGUGCAAGUUGUGAGAAAUUUCUCGUGAAAGGGUGGUGUCAUUCUAGCUUCAUUCCGUUUGUGAAUAUGCUGUGCUUUCGAGCAACCAAAAUGAGCAAAAAAAGAGAACAAAUCGAUAUUAAUUGAAAUGAAAGGAACGAAAAAAAACACACAGAGAGAGAGAGAGAGAAAGAGAGAGAGAGAGAGAGAGAGAGAGAGAGAGAGAGAGAAAGAGAAAUAACGGCAAUUCAUUAAUAGAAUUUUUUUUUGGUUAUUAAUAAAUGAGUGGAUCGUUCUGUAGGUCAUUCAAAUAUUUAUUAUUUGGCUGCUUGGUUUGUUAUGCAGUGAAAAUAACAUAUCAUACACUCAAUAGAAUCGGACGCCUUCUCUCUCUCCCUUCGUUGGUGUUCGAUGAGUUGAAGUAAUGUUGCGUGCGAGAGUUUGGUGUUUGUGCGGUUUGUUUUUCGUGUUUUAUAUUUUAAUUUUAGUUGGAUGGCAUAUCGCUUUCAUUCACAAGUACACGAAAAAGGUGUAUAGAACAAUCGAAAUUUCGAUUACAAUCGCUUUUUCAAGAGAGAAAGAGAAAAAAAAGCCCGAUUUCAAUGCGAAAUAGCAUUGUGUGCGAGUGUAUAUGAAAGAGUCUCAGUUCUGCCAUAACGCUAUGUGUGUAUACAUUGUUAGAUACUUUUUUUUCUGUCUUUCAUAUCAAAUAUACAACAAUCGCCAAGUAGCAACUCACACAUUGCAUAAAUGUGAACAACUUUAUAUGAAUUAUAGAAAAAUACAAAAGAAACUAUCGAAGGAAAAAGAAUGAAAUGAAAUGAAACAAUUGAAUUAACCUCCGAUGAAACAGUGCUAAUCAUUAAUUAAUAUAUGCCAAACCGAAUCAUUCGCUUUGAAUCCGACAUUUCUGAUGCAUUCCCUUGUAUGGCAUUUUGGUUUUAUUUCAGCUAUUUAUCGUGAAAUGAAUUUAUGAAGCAAUAAAAUGUGAUAAAUAACGUUGGAUGAAUGAAACCAAGUUGAGUUCAUGUGAAAUUGAGAUGUGUGUGUGUGUGUGAGUGAGUGAGUCAAGCUUCCAAGAAAUGAGUUUCUGUCGGAAGCAACAAAAAAAUGACAAAGAGAGCAAGUGCAGUCAACCCAGUCUCUUGGCCUAUUCAUGAUUCAAAUGCCAACACAGUACAGUGUUUUUCCACAUCAACAACAACUUAUCACACGGUUUCAUACGCAGUAGCUUCGAAAUGUUUGACGAUUUUUUGCAAAAGAAGCUCCAAAAAAGAGAUCACAUUCGCCGUGCUGCUUCUUAUUUUUGUUUACAAGUGAUUCACGUUUGACAUUUUUGCUGCAUCACAUCAUCUUUUGUCGAUUGCCGUACGUCACCGACAAAUGCACUCAUAAUAUCAAGAGAUUUGCACCGAACUUCAUACAUACCUUACGCACUGAGUAAAUAUAAGUCAAGUGAAAUCACAGUGCCGAAUGAUCAGUUUUCUUUUUCUAUGGCUGUUUUCAUUCAAAGUAAACAAUUAAUGUAGCGCGGAAACCAUGAGUGUAAUCGCGCGAAUAGAUAGCGGUAUAAUAGAAACCAAGUAGAUACGAGAGAAAAAAAAUCAAAGAGAGAUAUAACGAAAGUGUUCAAUUUUAUCUUUGCACGCGUGUAUUCGACUGUUCGUAUUGCCUUUGUAUGCAAUUGGCGAUGGAUCGAAAUCCCAUCGUAACUGUAUGAGGAAAAAAGUGUGUGUUUCAGCGUUAAGCUUGGCAACGAAUGAUAUUUGUGAGUGACGUGCUCCGCAUUAUUAUCAACAGGAAACUAAAUACCAAGCGUACAAACAGGGUGUGAACAGUUUCAACUUACAGUCUCGUUCAGACGAUUGCAUGCAAGCCCAGUACAUGCAAACCAGCCCAAAUUGAAAUACGAAUGAAAGAAUUGAAGAAAAAAUCCCCAUAAAAUGCGCUCCGCAUUCAGCUUAUUUACGACCAAACCCAUAAUAAUUUUCGUUCGCUUUUGAAUUCAAGUAUUGACGAAUUUCCAGCACACGUUGGCCCUAAGUCACAGUGUCGCCAUUGGAGCUCAUUUACCAAAUGAAUUGAAUACAUGCAAAUCCCUUUUUAUGUGCAAAAGGCCGAUAACGUUUUGUGUUCAAUGGCAUAUCCUUCAGUCGGAUGUGUUUUUUCUUUCUGUUUCGCUUGUUCUUUCUUUCCUCGAUGAUAAACCGUGCACGCUUCGUUCGACAAAAACAAAAGAGAAUUCUUUGUUAAAACAAAACGAAAAAGAAAACCUUUGGCGUUAAAUCCACAUUCUGUGCUUCUUUAAGCUAAUUCUUUAAGCCGCUUUCUUUGGAUUCCGCGAAAUUCACAACACACAUUGCGGCAAACCGCCAUCGCAUGAGUCAAUCUAUUAAAUACGUUACAGUAAUUUCUACCUUCGUAUGCAUAAAUUCACAUUUUAUCCGUCGAUUUUGUCGUCGUUUAUUUUUCCGUUUGCCCGCCACUUCCAUCCAGCGCGAUUAACGGAUAAAUUGUACGCUCGUGCAGGCAUGCACAAAGGGAAAAGCACUUUCUGCAAGACAUUUACCCCAUUAAAUAUUCAAACGAAUCCUUGAGAGAUGGAUUUCUUCGUAACUGCAGUGCAAUUCAAACCACUUUCCCCAAUCGAAUCGGUCGUGUCACGCAUUCGCUCAUGAAUAAUAAUAACAUGUGUUAUAUGGCCAUUCUGCAUUUCACUGCAUAGAUUUUUGUUUUUUUUUUCAACGACGGCCAUUAGCGAGCAAUUGAGAAACAAUUUCGAGUGAAAAUAGUUUCAUUGGUCGGAGCAUGUCGCCAAAAUGGCCCAUAUUUCAGUUUGUUGGCUCGAUGCCGUUUGAAUCUAAUUAUUUUCGAAAUUGAAAUGAAAGAAACGUGGGCCAUUCGACCGAAAUGUAUGCUACGCCGCUGGCAUCACCGUCAAUUACUAACUUUAAAUCGCCCGGAAAAGAUCAAAUGAAACGCAAAUACAAAAAAAAUUAAGCGGCUCCUUUUUGCGGUUUCACUGUUUGUUUAUAUAAUAUCUUUUAGGAUGAACCGUUUGGCAACAAAUCGAUCGUCAAAAUCGAUUUCAUGUUCAAAUGUUUAAUUCAAUUGGAAAUCGGUUGCCAAGGGUCAGUAAAUCUAUUUUUAUACGAAAAAUUCCAACUGUUUCCAACUCUACGCCAACUUCCAAAUAACCCAUCAAAUAAAUGAAACCAGAACGCACACUGCAAAAUGGUCGACUCUCUAUCGUCGUUCGUCAUGCAUUCUGAAAGUGAAUGGAAGCGAGAGACUCGAACCGUUGACAUUCUCAUUUCCUUGUGCCUUAUGUUUACUAUGAAAUAUUCACACAUUGAACUCAUUUAAAAUAUAUGUGUGUAUGUGUGUGUGGCAGCGAACGGAAAACGAGUGAGAAACUGCACAAUAGUUGCUAAUGUCGACUUUGAACUUGUUGUCACUCACCAAUAUAUAGUUACGAUGACUUUGUUCUGUUCAACUGCGGUAAAGUGACAGAAUGAAAAAAAAAAACUGCAUUUCAACGUCAUCAAUUUAAUUCUUGUUUGAGAGAAAAAACGCGUUUGGAUGUUGACAAGACGUAAAUAUUCGGAGUUCGCUCUAUAUGAAUAUACAAAUGAUGUUUUUGAUGGAAACAACAGCAGCAACAACAACUGGUUUCACGCUAAACAGAGAUUUUUACGCGUAGUGCCCAGCAAAUGAAGCGAGAAAAUAAAGCGGAUUGUAUUCGUAAUCCAAUCUUUUUCAAUUGCUACAGGCACUGGACCCGAUGAGGGCAAAUUAUUUUUAAUUCUUGGUAAAUCAAAUAAGUCGGUCGUUUGUGUUUAUGUGUGUUUGCCUUAUGCGUCAGCGUCUCGUGAUGUAUAUACAUAAUUCGAAACACUCGAAAAUUAACCAUGAAGAAUGACAAAUUUUGCAAUUAUACCAAAUGUUAAGACUUCCAUGAAUGAUACUAAAAGAAUAAUUCCAAAGAAAAAACGUCUAUACGGUUUUUCCACAGAAUUCCUUCAAUACAAUAUAUAUAGAAAUCCGCCAUCGUUGACUCAUUUGAUGCGUGAUUGCGAUAACAUUAUAUUUUGGUAUCAGCGAAUUUUUCGGGAAAACACUUGAAAAUAUUAAAUUUAUCCUCUGAACAUUGUUCAGUGAACAAUCGCUAUUAGCUAAUGUAGAACUGUUGAUAUGAACAUAUUGAAACUAAAGGCACGUGGACGAAGGUUUCUUUUUGCUCAUGAUUGAAGAACAAAUUCAGUCAACAAAAAUAUUCUCAAAAACCCACAUAUUUCCGUUGAAACUAUUCACGAUAAGCUUGCCAUUGAAAUGUAGUUAUUAUUCCAUUUUUUUAAACUCAAAUCAUGACAGCAUGUAUCAUUUGUAUUUUUAAAAAAUAUGGGUAUUUCAAGAAUAAAUGUCACCCUUUUAUCAACAGAUAUUCCAUAUAUCAUGUGUUGAUAAGAUGUCAGUUAAAACAAAUUCGAACUGAUGAUUCAUGCAUUUAUCGCAUAUCCAAAUUCGAUCCAUGUAUUCUGUGUUUAUCGUAAAACGUAUUUGAAAUACCGUCCCAUAAACCCGAUAUUGAGCGCAUAAAUACAAUUAAAUAUUUUACAUAAACAAUUUUUGAUUGGGAGCAGCGAUUUUUUCAAGUGUAAAUCGAUUUCAUUAGCCGUUUUCAGGAUGUUUAAACCAAUUUUCGGUUCAGCGACUUUUCAAUUGAGUAAUUGUUUACAAAACUUCUAACGCAGUAAUCAACAUCUAAAAUCUCAACAGCAAUUUUAUUCAAUUGUUAAUAUUCAUUAGCGAACUAAAGGAGAGAAAAAACGCCGCAGUAAAUGAAUGGAGAAUGUUUUAUUUAUAACAAACUAUACUUUUCCCGUACGUUGCAUGCGGGAUAGAAAUGAUUGAAAGCAAAAUUACGCUGCCCGUACCGCGUACUAUAUGCAAAUUGUGUGUUUGAGUUGUAGAUGUGGUCUGCCGUUACUUACUGCUCACUGUAUGGCCGUAACAAUCGCAAGAUGAAUUUUCAACAAUGCCAAGGUCUUAGACAUGUGCAUUUGUAUGUUAUAAAUAGAACGUAGUUGAAGCUACACUGCACAACAGAUGAAUCUUGUGUGCGAUUAUUUGCCGAAGUUUCAUAGCUUUUGUUUCAAUAUAUUCCUUUACCGUGUUAUCUUCGUGUAAAUUGAGAUAUUGGUAUUCGUGUGUGCGUGAUUGUAGUUAGAGUCGCAGUUUCAUUUUUUUAAUGUAGCAUGUGAGUCAUCGGUUUAUUGUGUUUCAAUAGCUAAAUUUACAACAUUUUUUAGGGCUGUAUAUGAUUUGUUUUCAUUUUUCAUGAGUGUUGUUGCAUUCUUGGUAAUUGCAUGAGUAUCUUAAUUCAGUUUCGUGAUUGGAUUGACGUGCUUUGUGCCAAUGCAACAACUGUUAGCGUCGAUUUUUCUAGUGCGCGGCAAAUACAUAUGUAUAGUGUUCUGUGCUUAAUUAGGCAGAGUCAAAGUGCAGAAUAAAUAACUAAAUUGAUAUUUAGUAGCUUUAACCCACAUCGAAUUGUGUUGGAACUUGUUUCAAAUGAAGCGACAUCAAGAUUACAUUCGUUUAUGUCUGCUUGUUUAUUAAUAUCGAAACUAUAAUUCGAUGCGUGAACGUCUGAAUUCGAUGGCGGAUAGUGUAAACAAACGUCGUCGUAAUUCCAAAUGGUCGUUGAUUUGUGAGCAAUAGUGAGUGAUGUUUGACAUUUUAAUUUACAUUAUUAAUGAGAAAGAAGUCAGUGAGACGCACGGCAGAACACCUUAGAUAAUUGUCUGACUCAGAGAUUUAUUUUGCCUUUGAAAAAAAAGAGAACAUUACGUAAAAAUGUUAUCCAGACAAACACAAUUUGCCAACUUCUUUUUUUAUUGUUUUAUUUUUCGGCUGUCCGAGGAGGGGAACACUUUAGUUGCCUUGCAUUCCCAUAAACAAACUUUAUUUAUUCGUGUUUUAUCGUCUUUGCAUACGCGAAAAUAACAACAAAGAAAUCCAUUUAGUUGAAACUUCACGCUAAGCCACACAAUGGAAUCAGUAAACACUUCGCAUAUUUAGUUAAAUGAUUUGCCGCCAAGAAUAUUUCAAUUAUUUUAAAUGCGGCUUUUCCCCACCAACAACUUAGAUAAUGACCGACCAAAUUUUUUGUUUAAUGUCACCUUUUUCAAGGUGAUAAAUCAUUCUUGGAACUUUAAUUUUGGCAUCGGCUUAAAUUUCAUAGUUCGUCAAGGGAAUAGAAGUUUGGUUGUGAAAAUUAAAAAGAAAAUACUUGAAAUUGGACACAGCCCGGAAUGUGGGUGCCUUAUCAAAAAAAAAAAAACAAUAACAGAUACUCAUUACGUCAUUGAGGAUAACGUCGUUGAAUAUCAGCCAAGUGCAACACUCUCUUCGAUCAUACACCUCGGUAUUGGCAAUUGAAAGGCAGUGGAAUAAUCCAAUUUCCCCCAUACAUCGUUCACGGAGCGCCACUCAAUCGAGAAGUGUUACAUAAAUUCGUGUUGAGUGAAAUGUUUGUAAACUUGCAAAGUGUUUGAAAUUUUUUUUUUCAACUAAAAAAGGUGAACUCUUAAUUUAAUUUCAUUAGCACCGUAUAAAUGUUGAUCAGAUGAAGAGAGAUAGAAGAAUUUUUUUUAAGAAUUAACAGAAAGAGAGAAAAGUUCGUUCAUAUUAAUAUAGGUUAUGUGCUGUGAAUUUAACAAGGCACUUAAUCGAUAAAUAAAUAAAAUGAAGCGCUAAACAUUCCAAAUUGGACCGUCGCGGUAUUACAUAUGUGUAAACCGAUAUAUUCUGCUAUUGGUAUUUUCCAAUUGAAAAUACCGAAAGAAAUUCCAUCGAUUUUUUUUCUUUUUCCAUUGAAUUGCAUACGGUCGAAUCUUUCCAUGGUAUCGAUAACAAGAACCGAAUGUUAGAACACUAUUUGUGUUGUCGUAUUAGUGCUAUAGUGUAGUGGGUCUAUUUAAAUCAGAACAUGCCUGUUUUGUAAAUUGAGUAAAACACUAGUUGGAAAUAUUCUACGAUACCGUAAGCAAUCUAUACCCGAGUUACUGUUUGUGCUGUUCAUUCGAAUGAUUCUAUUUUUCGUUCCCCUAUCAAGUGGAAUAAAAUCGAUAAGUUGAUAAGAAAUGACAAAAAAAGCCUGCCGUUGAUAGGACAAACGUUUAAAUGAAUUAAGACAAGAUUUUGUCGAUCGACACUUUAUCAAACGUAUCAUUUUGAGUCGAACUUGCUUCAGUCAGGUUGUUUCUCCAUUGAAAAUUGAUGGUUGGCUAAAAUUGCGCAUGACACAAGUUUCAUCGAAAAUGAUGGGGACACAUUCAACCAAGCGAUCCACAAACGUACGGAAUAGUUGAAUGAUUGCUACUUAAUGAUUUAUUGCUGUUUGUCCCAUAAUUGGUUUAUUUGUCAUACAUUCAUACACAUGCACAUUCAACGUCUGACGCCGAGACAACAAAUCGAUUGGUAGCGCGCUCGCGUCAUUCGCACUUCAAUUCACUGAAUUCGAAACGAAGUAUUUGUGUUCAUUUUUAUUCUCUUCUUCGCCGAGUUCAAGAGCAACAGCGACAAUUGGACAAGCACCACACAUCAAACAUCAAAAACACAAAAAUUCAUCCAAAUGAGAUUGAUCAACAUGCUGAAUUCAACGUACAAACAUGUACUUCAUUGCAUAUUGCUCUUUGCUGUGAUUAUCACCUUCGAAAUCCUUUCCGGCGGCAUAAAAAUCAACGAGAACUCGUUCACUGUGGUCGAUCCGUGGACGGAAUAUGGCCAAAUACCCACAAUCAUAUUAUAUUCAUUGAGAUUAUUAACAUUCCUAACGAUACCACAAGUAUUGUUCAACUUUUGCGGCCUAGUAUUUUAUAAUGCGUUUCCGGAGAAAGUUGUGCUCAAGGGAAGCCCACUGUUGGCACCAUUCAUUUGCAUACGAGUUGUAACCCGUGGCGAUUUUCCCGAUUUGGUGAAAGCAAAUGUUACACGAAACAUGAACACAUGCCUCGACACAGGCCUGGAAAACUUCCUCAUGGAAGUGGUCACCGAUAAACCCAUCAAUUUACCAAAACAUCGGCGCAUCCGUGAAAUUGUUGUGCCACAUGACUAUCAGACGAAGUCAGGCGCUCUGUUUAAAUCACGUGCACUACAGUAUUGCCUCGAAGACCAUGUGAAUGUACUUAACAACACCGAUUGGAUUGUGCAUUUGGAUGAAGAGACACUGUUGACGGAUAACAGUGUUCGCGGCAUCAUCAACUUUGUUCUGGAUGGAAAGCAUCCAUUCGGACAAGGAUUAAUCACGUAUGCCAAUGAGAAUGUUGUAAAUUGGUUCACAACAUUAGCCGACAGUUUUCGUGUGAGUGACGACAUGGGAAAGUUACGUUUGCAAUUCAAACUAUUCCACAAGCCGUUGUUCAGUUGGAAAGGGUCGUACGUUGUGACUCAACUGCAAGCUGAGAAGCAAGUGUCUUUCGACAAUGGACUUGAUGGUUCGGUGGCCGAGGACUGUUUCUUUGCGAUGCGCGCAUUCAGUCAAGGAUUCACGUUCAAUUUCAUUGAGGGCGAAAUGUACGAAAAGUCACCGUUUACAUUAAUCGAUUUUUUGCAGCAACGCAAACGAUGGCUACAGGGAAUCCUGUUGGUUGUACACUCGAAAAUGAUUCCAUUGAAGUACAAACUACUGCUAGGCGUAAGCGUUUAUUCGUGGGUCACGCUACCGCUAUCCACAUCGAAUAUGAUCUUUGCUGGACUCUAUCCCAUACCGUGUCCGUACCUUAUGGAUUUUGUUUGCGCAUUUAUUGCCGCCGUCAAUAUUUAUAUGUAUGUAUUUGGUGUACUAAAAUCGUUCUCGUUAUAUCGCUUCGGUUUGGCGCGGUUUGUAUUGUGUGCGGUCGCAGCCGUUUGCAUAAUUCCAGUUAAUUUGGUUAUAGAGAAUAUGGCCGUUAUCUGGGGCUUAGUUGGUAAAAAACAUAAGUUUUAUGUUGUAAAAAAAGACAUUCGGUCUCUGGUGACUGUUUAAAUUUUUGUUUCUCAUUUCUAAGCAGAAUUUCAUAAAUACAUACACACCCAAACACAUACACCAACACAACAAAGUAUCUAACUUAAAAAAAAUUAGUUUUAAUCCAUUUCGAUGCUAUUGUUUCCUUUUUUUUUGUAGAUACAAAUUGUGAAGAAGUAGAUGAAAAAAAUGGAAAAGAAAAGAAAAUCAUUAUAUAUGCAUUAUAUUACACAUGCACCAGAUCCAUAUUUGAAAUGUUCAUUUAGCAAACUAAUAACUUCUUCCAAACGAACGAGAAAAAAGAAAAUGUAAGGGAUAUUUAUCUCCGUAUUAUCCAUUUGAUUAUGUAUCUUUUAAAUUGGUUCACAAAUUAGAAACUUGCUUUUAAUUAGGUGAAAUGGUUUCGUUUAAAUUGGCUUUAUGUAAUUAUAUAUAGCUAUGCUAAGUGUGCUUGUUGUGUACAGAUGAUUAGCGCAUGUGGGUGCGAUGCGAUGAUCAAAAAUGAAUGCCUCACCAUCAUCCAAAUUUAAUGUCAUUAAACAAAGUACAUAAACCAUUCACAUUUCAAAUUCACCAAAUCUUAAAUUGACAUUUUACGCAACACCACCACCUCUUCUCCUCUGCCCUCGAACAACUGAUGAGAAAUUCCUUUUUGCACCAAAAAUUACCAUUAAGUUUAACGAAGAGAAAAAAAAAAAGUAACACCAUAUUAUAAAGUACAGGCUAGCAUUAGUUUUGUUAUUAAAUGCGGGUUCAAGCUCUGCUAAAAAGAGACGAGAAACAUUUAACUAAGUAUAUGAAAGAAACAAAAAACAAUUGAAACGAAAAAUGUCUGUUUUCAAAAUUCUAUUUAUUUAUCGAAAAAACCAAAAUAAAUCUCAUUUUUGGCAUUAAUCAAAAA